AAAGAAAUCCUGAACUGAAAGGGGACAGAUCAGAACAACAGACAGUUAAGUCCUCUCCACGACUAUCUGUUGGUUUGGAAAAAACAAGUAAUACAAAGGCUGAUAAAGACUUCAAGAAUCAAAUUCAACCCUCCCUCAAAAUGCUAAAAAAUACUGAACAGAAGAUUACUUCCCAGGGAGAAACUACAGCUAAGUUUUCUGCAUCAGAAAACACCACUCCUAAAAAAGAGCUUGCCGAAGACUUGUCUAAAUCAGGGGAAAGUAGAAAUAACCCUUCAGAGACUGAAGCUUCUUUAGCUCUUGGCCCAAUGGAACCUUCUCUGUCAAAUCAAGAUAGGAAAUAUUCUUCGGCCUUCCCUAAUGAUGUACAAGCCACUUCUGCUGAUUUAAGAUUGGACAGAGUGGAUGCCCCAAGACAGAACCUUCUCAUAAAAUUACUAGAUAUGCCUCUGGGCGAUUAUCACAGUUCUCCCACGAAUCUCAAUUACGGGGUUGAAAGGGUAAGCACAUCAUCAAGCAGUGAGAGAGAUUCCAAGGCCGGGGAUCACCUCUUGGGAGUCUCUACUAGAGACUCCGGGACUUGGGAAAAGAACACAGAAUCACAAAUUGCAGCUUUUAAAGUUAGCCCGUUAGGUAAAGUCCAGGUCAAGGAGAACCAGGGAAAAGGACUUGACCUUGGAGCAGAGGCAUGUGGGAGCCAAGGAAAUGCAGAGAAAAGCGCAUUUGCAACAAAAAUGCGGGAGUGGGCUGCCGUGAGCGAUGAUUCAGUCAUGGAGAGGAAAUCUCGAGGUGAAGGCCCCAAUUUAGAGUUGCUCACGCCAACGGGGACAAAUUGCAGUGAGCUUCUCUCUGUAUCACAGUCACGUAAUCAAAGUCUUGCCUCUCUGGCUAUGAAAUUUCUCCAAGAAGAGAAGGCAGAAGCCUGCAGCCGUAAUCAAGUCCCUACUAUGAAGGCAUUGACAAAGAGUGAGGAACAAGCUUCUCUGACACCCAAGUCGGGCCGUCGGCCACCAGCAUCGCACCGCAGGGGCCAGCAUUCUGCACAUUCAACCCAUCACGCUUCUAAAGGCCCCUUCACAGGUCAGAUCGGUGCCACCGACAGAAAGACCCUAUCCAGCUCCCUGGGGCUGGAGUGGUUUCCAGAGCUCUAUCCGGGUUAUCUUGGACUCGGGGUGUUGCCGGGGAAGCCUCCGCAUUGGGGCGCAUUGGCCCAGAAGCCUGCGCUCAUCAGUACCCAGGGGGGAAGCUGCUCACAAGUUCCUUUGUUGGAAAGAAGUUCGACGGCGGUAAGAAGUUUGGAAGCCCCGGCCAGGCUCACAACCUCCAGCUUUUCUCUAAGGAGGCUCUUGGGAGCUGUCCAAACAGGCUGGAUCAGGUGUCGCACCACCGUGCAGAACAGAGGAGUCGGUGGCAUCGUGAUGCUCUUCACAGGGUGCUUCGUCCUUUGUUGUAGCUGGAGCUUCAAGCAUCUGAAAAGCGUGCCAAGCCCUGCCCCAGAUGGACAGGACACCUCACGGGCUCCUGUGUCGGAGGGAUGAAGAGGACUGGGGAUCUCCGCUCUGAAGCAUUUAGUUAGGAAACGCGUUUCAGGAGGAGAAGCCUUUCUGGACUCAGUACCUAAGUGCCUGAGUGUUGCCCCCUCAGCUCCCCACAGCAUGUGAGUGCAGUGGUGACGGCAAGAGUAAGCUCACAGCCCCCCAGGGUUGUCAUCAAGAUCAUUUUUGUCCCUAACUGUAAGUAAACUAGCGCCACUUGUUGCAAUCAGAAUGCUAAAACAUCAUGAAAGGGUUUAACUCCGUUAGAUCACAGUGAAUACUUUACAUCUCUGAAAAUAAGUUCCUUAAUGAAAAAAACGAACUACUUAAUGACCCAUCAGUCCUGAAGGGAUAUCUGCUGCUUAUUGCCUGGUAUGUUGUGUUAGUUUCAGGCGUACAGCAUGGUGAUGCAGUUACACAUAUAUAUUUAUCUUUUUAUGUAUACGUAUUCUUUUACAGAUACCUUUGUCUUAUAGUUUAUUACAAAAUUUCAAGUAGAGUUCCCUGUGCUACAGGUAGGUCCUUGUUGAUUAUCUAUUUUAUAUAGAGUGGUGUGUAUCUGUGAAUCCCAACCUCCUACUUUACCCCUCCCUCCCCCCGCCCUUUUCCCCUUUGGUAACCAUAAAUUUGUUUUCUACGUCUGUGGGUCUUUUUCUGUUUCGUAUAUAAGUUCAUUUGUAUCAUUUAUUUUUUGUAGAUUCCCCAUAUAAGCGAUAUCAUAUAUUUGUCUUUCUCUGUCUGGCUUACUUAGUAUGAUCAUCUCCUAAGUCCAUCCACGUUGCUGCAAAUGGCAUUAUUUCGUUUUUUUUGUUUUUUUUUUUAUAAAUUUAUUUAUUUUUUUGGCUGUGUUGGGUCUUCAUUUCUGUGCGAGGGCUUUCUCUAGUAGCGGCGAGCGGGGGCCACUCUUCAUCGCGGUGUGCGGGCCUCUCACUGUCGCGGCCUCUCGUUGCGGAGCACAGGCUCCAGACGUGCAGGCUCAGUAGCUGUGGCUCACGGGCCUAGUUGCUCCGUGGCAUGUGGGAUCUUCCCAGAGCAGGGCUCGAAUCCGUGUCCCCUGCAUUGGCAGGCAGAUUCUCAACCACUGCGCCACCAGGCAAGCCCUACUUCGUUCUUUUUAAUGGCUGAGUAAUAUUCCAUUGUAUAUAUGUACCAUAUCUUCUUUAUCCAUUCCUCUGUCAAUGGACAUUUAGGUUGCUUCCAUGUCCUGACUAUUGUAAAUAGCGCUGCUGUGAACAUUGGGGUACAUGUAUCUUUUCAAAUCAUGGUUUUCUCCAGAUAUAUGCCCAGGAAUGGGAUUGUAGGAUCAUAUGGUAGCUCUAUUUUUAGUUUUUUAAGGAACCUCCAUACUGUUCUCCAUAGUGGCUGUACCAAUUUACAUUCCCACCAACAGUGCAAGAGGGUUCCCUUUUCUCCACACCCUCUCCAGCAUUUAUUUUUUAAAAUACAUUCCUUUUAAUUUUUAAUCAACACCUUAAUAGAUUCACAAUUACUUUAUCUGUACUGAUCCUUUUUGUUUUUUGGGUUUUUUUGGCUGCAUCGCGUCUUAGUUGCGGCAUGGGGAUCUUUUGUUGCGGUGUGUGGGCUUCUCUCUACUUGUGGCACACAGGCUCUAGAGUACGUGGGCUUAGCUGCCCCGUGGCAUGUGGGAUCUUAGUUUCCCAACCAGGGAUCUAACCUGGGCCCCCUGCAGUGGAAGCAUGGAGUGCUAACCACUGGACCUCCAGGGAAUUCCCUCUAGCAUUUAUUAUUUGUAGAGUUUGAUGAUGGCCAUUCUGACCAGUGUGAGGUGAUACCUCAUUCUAGUUUCGAUUUGCAUUUCUCUAAUAAUUAGCCAUGUUGAGCAUUUUUCAUGUGCCUUUGGCCAUCUGUAUGUGUUCUUUGGAGAAAUGUCCAUUUAGAUCUUCUGCCCAUUUUUUGAUUGAGUUGUUUAUUUUUUGGAUAUUGAGUUGUUUGUGUAUUUUGGAGAUUAAUCCCUUGUUGGUUGCAUCAUUUACAAAUAUUUUCUCCCAUUCUGUAGGUUGUCUUCUUGUUUAUGGUUU